AUGAAACCUGCGAAGAAAAAGAAAACCGAAGAGCCUGAAUUGGAGCCUUUGUGCUGCUGCGAGUACAUAGAUAGGAAUGGGGAAAAGAACCACGUGGCUGCUUGCUUGUGUGAUUGUCAGGAUCUGGAUGAAGGGUGUGAAAGAUGGAUUACAUGUAAAUCUAUACAGCCAGAGACUUGUGAACGUAUCAUGGAUACAAUUUAUGAUCGCCUCCGAAUUCCGUGGCUCAGGGGAGCCAAAAAAGUUAACAUUAGCAUCAUUCCCCCACUCAUCCUACUGCCCAUUUUCCUCCAUGUGGCUUCCUGGCAUUUCCUGCUUGGUGUGGUGGUUUUGACCUCCCUUCCUGUGCUGGUACUGUGGUACUACUACCUCACUCACAGAAGGAAAGAACAGACUCUGUUUUUCCUGAGCCUCGGACUGUUCUCACUGGGCUAUAUGUACUAUGUGUUCCUUCAGGAAGUGGUCCCCAGAGGGCAUGUGGGGCCCAUUCAGCUGGCUACUCUUACCUGCGGGUUACUUCUGAUACUCUUAGCCUUGUACCGAGCCAAGAGGAAUCCAGGCUACCUCAGAAAUCCAACAAGCAAUGAUAGUUCUCUAAGCAACAGCCAAAUUGAUUACCUGACCAGAAAAGGGCAUGAGAACACCAAAGCAUUCUCUGGAGCAGAUACGUCUGGAAGUCUUAACAAUCGAACCAUGAAGGAUGAUCUUAAGGGCUCUUCCAAGAUGGUGGCUAGCAGUCCCAACAAGAUGAAGGAGGAUUGGUGUGCCAAGUGCCAGCUGGUGCGACCAGCCCGGGCGUGGCAUUGCCGGUUAUGUGGUGUCUGUGUGAGGAGAAUGGAUCAUCAUUGUGUCUGGAUAAAUAGCUGCGUUGGAGAAUCAAAUCAUCAAGCAUUUAUACUUGCCCUUUUGAUCUUCUUGCUCACGUCAGUGUACGGGAUAACACUCACCUUGGACACCAUUUGUAGAGAUAGAAGUGUCUUCACAUCUCUCUUCUAUUGUCCUGGAGUUUACACAAAUUACAGCUCAGCACUGUCCUUCACCUGCGUGUGGUACUCUGUGAUCAUCACAGCGGGCAUGGCCUAUGUCUUCCUGAUCCAGCUGAUAAACAUCAGUUACAAUGUGACUGAGAGGGAAGUCCAGCAGGCCCUCCGACAGAAGACUGGGCGCCGGCUCCUCUGUGGCCUUAUCGUGGACACAGGCCAGUACAGCCGGGGCUUCUUGCGGAACUGGCACCAAUUCUCUACCCUGGGUGCCCAUGCUGUCCAUCACCCUGCUGAGGACAUUGUCUGA